AUGGGAAGCCCGGGACAACCGAGGCUAUUGCUUCAUCUUGUUUUUCUUUUGGUAUUUUGCCUUGUGGCCACCAUUGUGGCAGCUAAUUCCCCACCUUACGAGUAUGCAUCUCCUCCACCACUGAAGCACCCAUAUAAUCCACCAGGCCACUACAAGUCACCACCACCUCAUUACGUCUAUAAAUCUCCACUACCCCAAUCACACCCACCGCCUAUUCAUUCACCAACUCCUCAUUACGUCUAUAAAUCACCACCACCACCACCAUUGCAUCCCAAGCCCUACAAAGCCCCACCUCCUCAUUACAUCUACAAGUCGCCACCACCACCACAUCCCCAGCCCUACAAACCGCCACCUCCCCAUUACGUCUACAAAUCCCCACCACCGCCACCACCGCCACCAGCACAUCCCAAUCCCCAUCCCUCUCAUCCCGAGACUCCUGCACCUCCUCUUCACCCCCACUAUUCUCCUCCACAUCACCCCGAGUCUCCUCCAUAUCUUUACAAAUCACCACCUCCUCCAAAGGCCUACUAGGCUGAUGCUUUUCUUUUGAUUCUGUUUGCGUUGGAGCUAUAAUGACAUGUUCUCCACGAUUUUCAGUAGU